CAACUGCCAAUGUCUUAAUAAUGUGGUGAAAGAAAAAGCCAAACUUUGUUUUUGUUCAAUUGUUGAUCACAAAAAAAAAAAAAAAAAAGAUCGUCGACACCAACUUGCUGUCUCCUUCGCACCGUAAGGACUAGAAAGAGUUUCUCUGUUUCACCUACUACGUCAGAAGAAAAAAAUGAUGGGAGACUCUUCGAGUUCAACCUCUUGGAGCAGUCAAACGGAUACUCAGGAUGAUCGGAUGAUUGCUCUCAUGUUAUCUGAAGAAUACACUAAACUAGAUGGUGCAGUAGGCAGACGCCUCUCCAAUCUUGCUCCCGUUCCCCAUGUUCCGCGGAUAAAUUCUUAUAUUCCCAACUUAAAUGAUGCCACCUUGGAUCACCAACGCCUUCUUCAAAGGCUAAAUGUUUAUGGUUUGUGUGAGUUGAAGGUCUCUGGUGAUGGAAACUGCCAGUUCCGAGCUCUUUCUGACCAGUUGUACCGAUCUUCAGAGUACCACAAGCAAGUUAGGGGAGAAGUUGUUAAACAGCUCAAGGACAAUCGCACUAUAUACGAAAGUUAUGUUCCGAUGAAAUACAAACGGUAUUACAAGAGGAUGGCAAAACUUGGAGAAUGGGGAGACCAUAUUACCCUACAAGCUGCGGCAGAUAGGUUUGCAGCAAAGAUAUGCCUGCUGACAUCCUUCAGAGACACUUGCUUCAUUGAAAUUAUGCCUCAAGACCAAGCACCUAAGCGUGAGUUAUGGUUAAGUUUCUGGUCAGAGGUGCAUUAUAACUCUUUAUACGAUAAUCAAGCGGUUCCAGUUCAGCAGAAGCCAAAGAGAAAACAUUGGUUGUUCUAGAAAGCAAGCCUCUCACAUUGAUAACAUCUUCAAAUUUUAUUAUUUCAGUAUUGUGCAUAAGUCGACAGUUUCAGACGCCGUAACUCUUCCUUCAUACUUGUAUACACACGAACUAGCUUGAGCUAUAACAUUUUUAAGCCAAACAAAA